AUGUUGGGUCCUGAUUCAUCGGACGAUGACAUAAGGGAAGCAUUUCAUAUGAUAGAUGCUGAUGGUUCAGGUCAAAUUGAUGUGUAUGAAUUAGCCAAAGUGAUACCUGCUAUUUUGCCUGAUGCAACUUUAGAUACUCUUCCUACGAUAAUUCGUCGUUAUGACAAAAAUUAUGAUAAUCAACUCAAUUUGAGAGAAUUUACCCAACUUAUCAGAGGUGGUAUUGGGCGAGAUAUUGUCUACAGAGACAUUUAUACGAUUCAGCCUUAUUAG